AUGUCGUCAUGGUCACAAUCAUCCUCGUCUUUAUCUGUACAUAACAGUACUGCUCCUUUAUUGGACUUUGAUCUUCAGGAAAAGAUUCUUCUUCCUCAUGCUACCGAGUUAAACAAUGAAAAUGUUUACACUUUGAUGCGGAAGUUAAGUGAAAAUGAAACCCAAAAUACUAAUCUCAGGAGAAAACUACUUGAAAGGGAGAACCACAUUAAAGAACUUGCAUCCAAGCUUCAGCUUGAAAAAGUCAAUGUACAGAAAGAAGACCAGUUGUCAAGAUCACUAAGGGCAAUACAAGCACACCUGCAAUCUCAGAUUCAAAGAAAAGAAGUGGAAAAUGAUCGAUUAAAAGCAAAAAUACAGAUUCUAGAAAAGAAAAUAGCAGAGUGGAAACUUCAAGUUGCUGAAUACAAACACCAGAUUUUAGCCAUAAGGGAAACAAGUGGGCAAAAAAAGAGUGUUCUGGAAAAAGUAAUCAGAUUCCAGAAACAAAGAGCUGAAUACUUUGAAGCAACUGUGGAAAAUUUAAUCUCCGUCAUAAAGGAACGUGAAAUAAAGCUGUCUGACAUACUGUCAGCUUCUGAUGUCUGGAAAAAACAGCAUAAAAGCAUAGUUGAAGAAAUUACAAUGUUAAACAUUCAAACAGAAGAUCUUAAGAAGCAGAUCACAAGCCUUUUGGAAGACCUGAAAAGAGAGGAGGAAUGGAAAAGAAAGUCAGAUGAGGAAAUUCUUGAAAAGCUAAAUUCUAUUAACUCUGAAAAUGAAAGUAUUUACCUUGAAAAUGAAAAAAUAAAGGCUUCCCUUGUUGCACUGGAAAGCAGUACUGCUUCUGCUGAAAAGGAGCUGCUGAAUCUGCAAGAAAAGGCAAUAUGGCAGGAAAACCUUGUUCAACAGUACAAAAAUCAGGUACAAAAAUUACAGACAGCAUUAGAAGAACUGAAAUCUAGAUAUGAAACAGUCUUAAAUGAAAACAAAAGAAUAACAGCAAACAAAUGCUUAGAAGUAAAUAAGGUGAGGGUCAAAACAGAGGCUGAGUUAAAGGAGUUAGAACAUGCUUGUGACUUGCUGAAAGCAGCUGAGGAAAAGCAGCAAGAAUAUCAGGAAAAGCUCACGUACUGGGAAAGGGAAAGGAUCCGUGCACAAAAAUGCAGAUUCCUUAGGGAGCUGCGGGUUCAGGAGGAAGACAGUGUAACUUCUGUGGGCAGCCAUUCCUUAGAGGAAGAAAACCAUAGCAUUCACAAGAAAUGCGAAGAUCUUAGAAGGCAAUUAGAAAAGAUGGAAUUUCAAAAUGAAGAACUUGCUUGUCAGCUCAAAAAAGAAGAUGAGAGUCUUCAAUGCAGUAAAUUGCAGCUCGAAGAGAAAAUUGCAGAAUAUAAUGGAUUAACCAGACAACUGCAAUCUGCUUUGGAAGAUGGGAGAAAAAUGGUAGCUGAAGAACUGGAAAAGAUGUCACACAAAGAACAAGCCCUUCAGACAAAAAUGCUAAUUCUUGAAACUGAAGUGAGAAAGGGGCAAGAAGAGAAAAAAGAACUCCUCCGCAUAUUUCAACAUAAUGAAAAAUGCCAUGAAGUACAUCUAAAAGAGCUGGAAAACAGCCUACAGAAGUCUGAGAACAAGAACCAGAGCAUGCAGAAUUAUGUGAAGUUUUUGAAAGCUUCAUAUAUAACAAUGUUUGGCUGA